UGAAGAUCUAGACCCCAAAGAUUGAAAUUCGUUUCGACCACUACAGCCUCCUAUUCUACUUACUGCAUCUCUGUGACGCCAUCAAACCAUUAAUGUACCGACUACAUCCAACAAGAAAUUGUAAAAAUUCCUUGCUGCUGCGAGAGAGAAAAUGAUUUUGUUUUGAGAGAGAGAGAAUGUUUAUGGAAAAAUUGAAGCGUAUUCCAAGGCAUAUCCAAAAACGCAUUCACGCCUUGUUCCUAUAUAAUACACAACGAUAUAUAUUAUGCUGGUACCAUGCUUUAUACAGCACAAAAAACGUCGGAGAAACUAUAGAGAAAAUAAAUGUUUUCCUUCUUUCCACUCUCAUUCAUGUUUUGGUCGUUCUAGCAAGAACAUUGUUUGCGCAUUUCAUGUAGAUUAAUAUUUUUCGGUAUAAAUAUUAGACAAGGAAAAAAAGAAAUUCUCUUCGGUCGUGGAUUUUCGUGACGAGUUUUCUUGACAUUUCGUGGGCGAAAAAGAAAAUUAAUAAAAAUAAGAAAAAAAUAGAAAAGAAUAACGGAAGUGCCGUAAUGUCAUCGCUAUAAUAUCGUAAACAUAACAAAAUUCACGAAUAGAAUAGAGUGGAUGUAAGCAGAUUAGUUGAGUGCAUGAAAGUCACGGAUUAUCGACAGACAUCUAAUGUAUCCGUACACGUAUGGAAUUAAUUAAUUAAGUGAGAAGUGAAAAAAAAGAAUUGAAUUUGUAGGAAAAUUUAAGUGCAAUGAACAUAAAAAACUAUUAAGCAUCCCAUUCAGACUACUCAGCCCGGGGAAUUUAUUGUGCUUAUACAUCGCUUGUGGAAGCGAAAAGAAUUGAAAUAUUUUUUUCAUUUCAAUUUCAUCUCCUCCCCCCAAUCAGCCCGGGCUCUCUAUACUGGCUUUACUUACCUACCGAAAAUUAAAAACUUCCGCCAUUUAUUUGCAAGCAUAGAGAGUAUGUAUGGAGAAAUGAAAUCAGUGUGUCACUAAAUAUUUAUUUAUUUUUUUGUUCAUGUGAAGCUUGUUCUCUCUUUGCUUUAGAGAAUCUUUUUUUUGUGUUUGCUAGAUCAGAUUAAAUUUGCCUGCAAGGCUAACGAAAGUGCAGAACGUGAUGAAAAUUUUUUAAAAACCCUCCUUGGAUAUUUUUGUGAAGUGAAAGAUGAAACGUUAAGGAAUAGGAUUUAAAGUAAUUCCAUUAAGUGUUCAAAGAUAUAAAAAUAAACGAGUGAAAUAAGUAGACAAGUCAGCUAGUGAAUAUAAAUAUGGAUAGUUCACCGGAUUUGAGUGUUAAAUUGCGACGUGGGUCGAGUGAUUCGCGUGAUUCAUUUUAUAUGGGAUUCGCUCAAGGUAUAGAUUCAGAUAUUGAGGAAGUUACUGCACCUCAAGCACCUAUUCCAUCACCGCCAUUAUAUCCAGCGCCCGAAGAACCACCAAUUAUUCUUCCGAUUGAAAUUAAUGAGCCAGAAUUGUAUGAACCGGAAGAUUUUGGUAAAGAAGUUCCACAUCCAGUGACUUUUGAACAUGAACAACAUCCUGAAUCGGAUGUAAAUGUCUAUAAGCAACAACAAAGCAUUGAGGAUGAGAAUAAUGAUGAUGUAAAUGUAGCGGAAGUAAAAGACGAAAACGAAAAAAUUGAAGUAGAGGAACAAUCUUUUGAGGUAACAAUCCCUGAUGAUCCGCCACCUCCACCACCCAAUGAAUUUUCAGAGUCAAAUUUAGAGGAAGAGUCCGAACAAGAUUCACUUCCUUUACCUCCUCCUGCACAAUUUAUACUGCCAAAAUCUUCUAGUCUACAAAUUGAUGAAGAUGAAGAUGAGACAAUUACAACUGUCACUGUUAUUCCAUUAAAAAGCAAGACACCAUCGUCAUCAUCAUCUUCAAUCUCAUCGAAUGAAUAUAUCAUAGAUGAAUCUAAUAUUAAUAUAUCUCAAAUCAUACCACCAUCAUUAUCGCCAUUAAAAACUAUUUCUCCACCUCCAAAGCCCUUAGAGACUGAUUUUGAUGCUCCAAUAUCACCAAAAUCUAUUAAAUCACCAUCAUCGGUAAGAUCACAAGCAUCUGCAAAGUCACCACCAUCAAAAAAGUCAAAUUCAUCAAAGAAAUCUCCAUCAAUAUCUUCAUUAAGUCAAAAGUCGCUACACUCUCAUAAAUCAUCGCCAAAAAGUCAUCAACAGGCAAAGUCACCACCAAGAAAGCUCGAAUUUCACAUAGACGAGAGACAAAGGCAAAUGGACAGCGACUCAAUUGACAGUAUAAAUGCAAUCGACUGUAAAAUUGAUGAUGAUAAUCGAGACUCUUCACCGACAGACUCAAUGCCACCCGGACCAACACCACCGCCACUCGAGCCUUUAACGUUGUUGGAAAAAAGUGGAAUCAUGGACGCAACAUCACAAGUGCUCGUUCCAUCUCCAUCAUCUCCUGACAACGUGAUCGUUUCACCGGAAACAUUAAGUCAUCAUUCAUCGCCAGCAAAAGGCUCAAGAAUUUUACAUUAUGCAGCACAACAUGUGACAAUUGACGAGAGAUUACCAUCGUCACUUCGAUCAUCUCGUCAGCAUUUGAUUGAUCAUAGUCGAAGAUCAACUCCAUCAUCACCACCUCCACCAUUUCAAUCUGGUCCAAUGACACCGGCAGAAUCAUCACAAGCAAUGGUGCCAACUAAGGCUUAUGAAUCUGAAACAGAAAGGUCUUUAAUGUCACCGGCAACUGCCACAUCAACAACUCAACAUUUAGCCGUUUUAUAUGAAACUCAUCAUCAUCUUCAUCCAAUUUUAACAUCACCAAUGCGUCGACCAUCUCGAUUACCUGACACAAGUCGUUUUCUUAUGCAACAACAAGCUUUAGGAAUGGCAACAACAGUAAAGGAGAUUAAAGCACUUGAUGCAUUUUGUACAACAUUAUCGGCUCUUUAUGGAAAAAUCCUAGUUGUAAUGGGCAUUGCAUUUCCAAUGGCUGAAGUGAUAUCCACUUAUAUUCCACCUUCUUUUUAUGAGGGUUUUUAUUUAUAUUUAUAUAUUGGCAGUAUGUUAUUCUUGUUAUUUAUGUAUGCAACUUUAUUGUGGGGAAACAAACCAGUAAUUCCAAUGACAACUACAACAGCAACAACAAAAAGUUCUUCAUCACGUCAGAUGAACUCAUCAACAUCAUCCGAUAGUGGAGACCAAUCAGAUCAGGAAGAAUCAAGUGAAAGUCCUGAAGAGAAGCGCAAGCCGUCAUCAAAAACUAUUGUGUCAAUGCGAAGACCGUCUGUGCUUGCAUCAGCCGCAAUGGGAACUCAACAUUAUGGAAGUUUCUAUUUAAGAAUGGGAGCUGUUGCAUUCGGAAUUGGAAGUAUGAUUUAUUCUGGACUUGAAUUUGGCCAGUAUUUUGAGCUUGAGAGAGAUACGAAAUGCCACAAUGUGCUGCUUGCUCUCACGCCUGCUACAAGAAUGGCCUUCAUUUUCAUUCAAAUGUAUUUCAUUUUCUUAAAUAAUGAGCAAAUCAAAGUUUAUCGUUAUAAGAUGCUUGCGCGUUUUGGUUUAAUGCACAUGAUCGGAACAAAUCUCUCUGUGUGGUUCAGUGUACUGAUUCAGGAGACAAAACACGAGAUUUUGACAUUUUAUGAUCCGGAAAAUCGAACACUAAAGAUAUCGCAUCGAUUAGUUGGAUACGAGGAAAAACUUUUUGGUAACAAAGGAGCAGUACACGCCCUAACAGAUACUCAUCUUCGAGUGGCACGCGGCCUAAAAGGACCCCACAACAUCUUCGAAUGCCGUCGCUCAAAUAUUCUUGGAAAUCUCGUUCAAGAUGCAUCUCCAUUCCUUUUUCCAUGCACAAUUGAAUACUCUUUAAUAUGUGCUGCAAUACUUUAUGUCAUGUGGCGUAACAUAAGUCGACCGGAACAAGAGAAUUUAGAAGUCACGCGACAAGAAUUGCAUCCAUUUAAAAGAUCCCCACAUCAUUAUUCAGUCGAUUGUGCAAAUGCACAUAAGGGAUUGUUUGUUGGCAUUUUAAUACUCGUCCUGACCAUCAUAUCCUUGAUACUCUUCUUCGUGCUCAUUUCGAAGGAAGAAUUUACAAACUUUGCAGUAACGGAAGUAAAUAUUUGCGAAUUAACAUUAUAUGCUACGACUACAGCAGCAACACUUGUCGGGAUGGUGCAAGUGCGCGCCCUUCAUUAUGAUGCAUCACGAAGUUUCAGUUUAGAUGACAUUCUCCUUGUUGGCGCUCAGUCUGGGUCAUUUUUAUACAGCACAUUUACAAUUAUUGGUGCACAUUUGACAUUGAAAAAGAAUACAAUUCUCAUUCUCAUUACCGCAUUGGCAUCGCUCAUUGAAACCGCAUUUCAGACAAUGUUUAUACUUGAUGCUAGUCGGCGGUCUGCAGCGACGCCAGAGCAUGUAAGGAAGAAGCCAGGAAGGGAAAUUGUAACUUUUUUGCUCGUGUCAAAUUUAGCUAUGUGGGCAAUAAACACGCUUGAAAAAAGCCGUGCUGAAAGUCAUCCAUUACAGUUGCAUUUCUAUGGUGUGUGGGCAUGGACAAUCAUCACGCAUGUUUCAAUGCCAUUAGCAAUUUUCUAUCGAUUCCACAGCACCGUGUGUUUAUGUGACAUAUGGAAGCGUGCAUGGAAAAUGAAGCCAGCUUACAUGUAAACUCAAUGACACUAGUUAUCAGCCAAAGAUAAAUGCGCUUCUAGUUAUUUUUUACAUUUUAAAAUAAAAUUGUUCAUUAUUAAAAAAUUAAUUAAGGGAAAAAAAUCAUGCAAAAAAUAAAAGAAAAUUGAGAAAAAAAAAUAAUUUUAAAAUGUUUUGAAGCAAACGACACUUCAAGUCCUUAAUAAAUGAUAAUGUUGAGUACCUUUCAUCUUUUUCUACUCCGUUUAAUCACUUUUUGAUGAAAAUUUCUUUGUUUUUUAAAUGUUUAUAAGAAAAUUGUGUUCAUCAAAUUAAGAAAAUUAGGAAAAUAAUUUUUACUCGAAUGAAAACAUGAACUGAUUGGCUAUUAAAUAAGUUUAUGUAGGUAUGGAUAUGGGACUAGUGGACUGGAGGAUAUUGAUGUGGUAAAACCGUAGGCAAGUUCAAAAGGAAUUAAAAUUUUGAAGAAAAAAAAUCCUUACUCGAAUUAAGCAGCUACUAAAAUUCCAAAGGUAGUUUUAUUCAUCCCACAAAAUUAUUCUUAACCUGCCUAGAGCCAAACCACACAUCUAUCUAGAGAAGUCCACUACAGCCCAUACAAAUGAUAAUAUUACCAAAUUCUAUACAAUGUGCAAUAAACAAAAGAAAUGAAAAUGUCCUGAAAUAAAAAUGAUAAUUUAUCUUCUGUGAAAUCUCUCACAUAACCAUUAAAAGAAAGAAACAUAAAUAAAUGGGAUCAAUUUUUUAUCCUCACACAUUUUUUAUCAUCAAAAAUUCUCGCUUUAAAAAAUAUUUAUGAUAAAAAAUUCAAUUUAUUUCUUCUUAGAUAGAUAUUGUAUAAUGGAUCAUAAUAUACAACAAAAAAUGAAUUUAGACAUAAUAUUGAGAAAUUCGUAAAUAUGGUAGACAUGGAUAGUAAAGUUGUGGACAGUUAAACUUCCUUUGGCGUUGUUUUGUCAGAAUUAUUUGGAAAUUUUAUUGGCUUCUUGAAUAACUUUUUAAUAUUAAAGUCAAAAAAUCGACAAUCAAAAUUAAACUCCCACAAAAUCUAGCAAAGUUCUUCUAUAGGGGUCGUCCACUUAUGACGUCCGAAUUGAUCGGUCAUUUUUCAAAAAAGAAUAAUGGAUUUUCAGGAAUUUUUUUUGUUCUUUUCUUCCUGACCCCUCUCCUCUGGACGUCAUGGGUGAACUACUCAAAGACCUUUCCGCUUUAAUGCUCAAAAGCUCAUCAAAAACAAUUUUUCUUCUGCACGAACAAUUUUUUAUCUAUUCAAUUUUUUUAUCGUAAAGUUAUUGUGGAAAAAAUCCCCAAGCAGAUAACUUCAUCAUUUUUCCGAGCAUAAAAAAUUUUUUUUGUGGAUUUAUUUUAUCCAAAAUAUUGAGACGGAAGAAAAAUUUAUAAAAAUAUAUUUUUUUGUUUCCUUAAAAUUUUCUAAUUAAAUAUCCCAUUGAGAUUGGAGAUUCAUCUUUUGGGAGGUCCUUGUGCUGAUUUUUUUUCUUUUUGGGUAAUUUUAAAAAUUGAGUUUUUCUAUCAACGUUCCAAUGUUUGCCGCCUCCCCCUCUGAAUUUUCUUAGUACCAAAACCAGAGAAGGGUCUGUUCUCUAUACAACCAGCUAUACCUGGCUUUAAAAAAUCAUAAUAAAAAAAAUCUGACAAAAUCAACGCCAUAGCAACAGCAAUCAGUAGAGACUGACUUUAACAGAAAAUUAAAUCAGGAAAAUAUCUUCUUUAAAGACUUUUUCCACAUAGAGAAUCCUUGUAUUUAGCAGAACAUAGCAAAUGAACACAUGCACACAGAAAAUAAAUGAAAGCACAAAGCGGUAGACUGAAAAAUUGAAUUGCAAGAAGCGACAAAACGAAUUUUGGCAAAAAGCUAUUUUUAUUUCUUUUUUUUUUUGGUUAUCUCACGAAACAGCAACUGACAAAGAAUGACUUGUCAUCAAAUUAGAUAGACGCAAAAAGGUUAAUUGAAUUUCUUCAUUUAUGAUGCUUGUUGUUUGGCAUAAAUGGAAGAGUUGAAUAGGAAUUUAGAAUGUCAAAGGUUUUAUUUGAAAUAAUAAUUUGAUAUUUUGGAAUAUUUAACUAUUACAAGAAGAACAGUCAAAGGUUUGUUGCAUUUUAUUCACUUUUGUUGAAUUCUGAAUUUAUUAUUGAUUGACCUGUGUAUCGUUGACUCUGUGGUGUGAUCAACACUGAUCCUGACCGUAAAACAUAGCUAUGUCAUUUCGAUAAAUACACAAAAUCUUAUUAAGCCAAUAAAAUUGAUUAUGAAUUCAAUUUCAUUUUCAUAAUAUUCCACAAUAUUGGUGUGUUUCACUUUUACAACGUUCCAUAAUUUCAAGAGUGUUUCAAAAUGUUUUCCAAUUCUCAAACAAAGCUAAUGUUUUUUGAAAUAAGAAAACUUAACAUUAAACAAAAUGAGUUCUUUUCUGAAAAACUAUAAUCUUUCAAAAAAGAACAAAUUUAAGCAAAAAAUAUUUGUCAGCGGUGGGAUUCGAACCCACGCCUUCAGAAGAAGACUAGAACACUCAGACUGAUUUUCAUAUAACUUUCGUUACUAAUCAGAAGUUUGCACUUGAGUCUAGCGCCUUAGACCGCUCGGCCACACUGACAUUGAUAUUUGAUUUUGGCGCUGGGUUCAAUAAAAACACAAAAUAAAAUUAUUUUUGUCAUAUCGUAAAAUUCUUGUGUGCGUUUGGGAAGAUGAAUUGAAAAUUUGUGACAAAAAUAAACACGAGAGAAAAAAUAAAAAUAUUCAACUGUGAAAAAAAUUAUUUUGAACGAGUUUAAGUAAAAUUUAUUAUUUUAUUCACGUCUAUCGGUAAAUUAGCUGGCAAACAAGAAUGUCUAGAUGCUUAAAAUUAACAUUGUGAGUCAAUAGACCAUAUCAUUAGGUUUUCAUUUCCCCUCUCUCUAAAUAAUCGCUUCAUCUAAUCUAUUAAAAAUCAUAAAUCAUAUUUAAUUUUUCUACUGUCUCAAUGAAUGAAAAUUGAUAAUGCGGGAUGAGUGUGUACAUUUUAAAUACGAUAAUAGGAAGCAAGAUAGAGGCUAAUGAAUGAAAUGAAGUUCAUGUUCAAGUUCAUGAAUCGUAUGUAUAACAUUGAUAAUACUGCCAAUAAAAAAAUAAAUGUCAUAACAACUGUGAAAGAUGUCAUAGAAAAAUAAUAACAAAAUUUUUAUGUCUCUGAAAUUGACCCAAAUUUUGGGAGAUAAUUUUUUAUUAACAUAAAUUAAUUUUUUUAUUGGGAUGAAUUUUAUAUUCAUUGGGAUCUUUCUGCUAAAGUUUGUGUCAGUCUGUUCAGACACUUAACAUUUUAAAAUACUAGUCGUUGACGGUUAAUUAAUAUUAAAUGGUAAACGUAAUAUUCUAUUAUGGGGUCUUCUGACACGUUUUGGUGUGGAUCAAAUCAACAUAUGAGUCGUUUAUAAAACAUUCAAAAAUUACCAUUACACGCAUUUGAUCUAUUACUAGUUUCUAGGGCUAUCUGAAAUACAAUGUCCUACAUAUAGUCAGAGAAGAUUACCAAGGGAAGUCCUAGAAACCAGUCCUUUGUAUAAUUCGGGAUAUAAAUACUCUGUACUCAAAUAUUAAUCAGAAGAUUGUCCAACUUUAGAACCAAAUAUGUUGAAUUUUUUUAAAAUGUAUCAAAAAAUUCAUGUAAACGUCAUUGUUGACACAAGAAGGAAGUAACUCAAUAGUUCUAUACCCAUCAAUCAUUUAUCAAUUUUUACUGUGAAAUAUAAUCGAAAAGAACAAAAAUCUUUUGAAUAGACAUUUUUGGAAAGUAAAUGAAUGCUGUUGGCUUAAAAUUUGGCAACAUCUUUUUAAGUUUCCGCUUCAGUUUCAUUAAUUUUAUCAAAGCAUAAAAAAGCAGGUUCUAUUUAUCAUAAGUGACAGUCCAUAAAAUUUCACAAAAACCAGAAAUCAAACCAUAAAGAUUUUUUUAAUAUAAAAAAUUUACAAAUUUUUUCACGAUUUUAUCAAAAAAAAAUUCUUCAAUUUAUCAUCGAAUAACAAUAAACAAUCCAGAAAAUGACAGCUUACAGCACUCAUUUGUCAACCAGAUCAACUUUCUUUGAUGAAAACAAAAAAGAUAAUUAAUUACCGACUUUUUAAAAACCUCAUUUUAAUUAUGCAGCAUUUAUGGUUAUGGUUGCAAUGAACAUUUUUUUAAGCUUGCCAACAUUUAAUUGAAAAGCUACAAAAUCACAAUGGAAUGAAAAUAAAGAGAAUUAAAAAAAUUGACCCUUGCAAGUGAUUAAUUAUUUAAUUAAACAUAAAGUUUUUUUCACAUGUCCGUAAAUGUUUAUGUAGCGUUUUUCGAGUCUCGUUUGUGUUUGCAGCAUUUUCAUUUAAAUUUAAUCGAUUGACUUGCUGGAAGUUGGAAGCGAAUUUCAAAAAUUUAAAAAUAUAAAUUCUUUAAAAUUGUUUUCAAGUUUUAAUAUUUUAACUUAUUUUAAAAUUGCUUUGAAAAUUUUUGACAUAACUUCUAUUAUAUUUGCCUCAAAAUUUACUCAGUAGACACAAAAAACACAAAACUUCGUAUGAAUGAGAGAUGCGAAAAAAUACCAAAAGUUAUAAAACACAGGCAAAUAAAAUUCAUCAAGCUGCAUUUCCGAUCGUAAAAACAUUCACGAAAUCUCUCAAAACAAUAUGAAAUGCAUCUCUCGACACACAGCGAAUAAAGUCAAAAGAAUAACAACAAUUACGGCUGCGAUAUGUUGGUUUUUUUUUUGUUAGAAUCAAUUUAUUUAUUCCACAUGUUAUUUAAUUUAAUUGAUAUGUUAAUUAUUGUAAUACAGCAACAAAAAGCGGAAAGAUGGAUGAUGAUUAAAACAAUAAUAA